UUUUUGGGUUCUGAUAAUUCACUUUACUCUUCUUUCUCUCCCAAACUUUUAUACGCAAGAGAGAAGAUCCAUCUCUGUCUCUCGUCUUCAUCGUUGUUGUCACUUCCAACGUCGGAUUAAAGAAGAUAAACCAGAAUCGAUGACCUAAAUGCAGCUAUACAAUUCUUUAAUUCAUCGUAAAGAUCGAAGAAGUUGCAGUAAUCUACUGUUUUGUAGGGUUACUUUGCCAAUUUCCUAAUUCUAGAUUUAUUUGAGUGAUAGCAACAUCGAAGAAGGGUAUACAAGUUUUGUCAAUGGAUAAAGCUUCUUCACAAGAGUGUCCUUAUCCAGGAUGUUUCUUCUGUGUAAUGAAAGAAGGAAACCCGAGUAAACGAAGAUCCUGCAUUCUCAAAUUCUUUCGAGAUCUUCCUUCUCAAGAUGAUGAUGGUCAAGUUCUUCCCAUUAGCGGUCUCUGGAACACUGCAAUGGCUCAUCCUAAUGAUCCUGAGUUCAUUGAGCUUGGAAUCUUUGAGUGUAUGUCUGCUUUGAUAUGGAAAGGUCUUAAAAACCGGCGUUGGCUAUCUCAUGACCAGAACAUAUACAUCCCUUAUUACGCGGCUCACAUUAUCGGGUCUUACACUAUGAAUAUGGAAGAGUUUGCUGAGAGAGCUGUGGAAGCUGGAGUGAUUGCUCCACUUGUUGAGCUUUUAAGAGGUAGGCUUACCUGGGUUGAACAGAGAGUGGCGGUUCGUGCUUUAGGGCAUUUAGCUACUUAUCCUAGUACUUUUCCUGCUGUUUCGAAUCAUGGAGAGAUCCUUGAACUUGCUCUACAACUGGCUAUGAGCUCUUUGGAAAUAGUUUAUUCUCAUUUUUACCAGUAUCCGGAUCGAAGGUUGAGCUACCAUUGCGAUCUGCUCACACGAGGCAUGGGAGGUGUUGAGAUGGAGUCAAGAAAAGCUGAGGAAUGGGCGAGCCAACUGCAGUGUUGGUCUCUUCAGCUCAUUAAUUGUUUCGCAUUUAAACCCGAGUUUCUUCCCACUCUCUGCAAACCUGAGUUUCUGGUGAAUCUUCCGGUUAUGUGGGGCGGACUUGUUAAUGAGAACUCUCCGGCUGGUAUUGGUUUGCUUAGAACAAUCUGUCAGCAUAAACUUGGCCGUGGACCUGUCUCUGCGUGUCCUGGAAUGAUUGAGGCGUUGUGUAAUAUUGCUCGUUCUUCUGAUGAUUGGCAGUACAUGGCCAUAGAAUGUCUUCUUUGGUUGCUUCAAGAUCCCAAUACAUCUCACAAAGUAAUCGACAAAGCGGUGCCUACUCUUGUUGAUCUUGCAGAGAUCACAAACUUGGGUGAUCAUAAGAAACUUGGGGAUUCCAUUGUAAGUGUUCUUCAAGAAUGCAGUUCCAUGGGUAACCGUUCAAGGGAAUUGAUAGAAGAGACAGUAAAUUCAAGACAAAGACUUAAAUGGGAGAAGAGUAUGCCCAAAGAGGAUCUUCAUAUCAAACAAGCAGCAGCACUAGUGGUCAAACUCGAAGGAAACUCUCUCUUUUCUUCAGGAGACAUCGCGGGUGCAGCAGAGAAGUACUCGGAAGCUUUAUCUCUAUGUCCAAUGAGGUCGAAGAAGGAAAGAGUAGUGUUGUAUAGCAAUCGAGCUCAGUGCCAUCUCUUGUUGCAACAGCCUUUGGUUGCUAUAAGCGACGCCACGCGUGCGCUUUGCUUGCACAAUCCCGUAAACCGGCAUGCUAAGAGUCUUUGGAGAAGAGCUCAGGCUUAUGAUAUGCUAGGUCUAGCUAAAGAGAGUCUGUUAGAUGCAAUUCUGUUCAUAAACGAAUGCUCUCAGUCGAAUGACCCGGACCUCUCCAUGAGACAGAACAAGGUUCCUGAUUACGCGGAGAGGUUGGUAAAGAAGCAGAUGCGAGCAGCUUGGUUGUUUAAAGAAGCAGCAUUGAAGCAUGGAGGUGUACAUAGGAAAGGCGAGGAGAGAGAAGCGUAUGGAAAUGAAACGGAUGAUUCGGAAUGGGAAACAGCGAGUGAGAGCGAUAUUGGAGAUGAUGGAAGAGAUCAACACAUGGGACUUGAUGAUGAGGAGGAAGAGGAAGAUGAAGGCCAUGGAGAGAAGUGGAAGAACCGGGAUAAAUCGAGUGAGAAAAAUGAGAAAACUUCUGCCAAAGGUCUGAGGCAUGGAUACAGCAUAAAGCUAGCAGAAGAUGAAAUCUGAAGCAUUGAAACAGAGGAUCAAACAAGAUUCGUUAUAAGAAGUUGAGAAGAAAAGACAAGUCUUUGUCACAACUCACAAGCAAGAAACUUGCUUUUCAUGGAACUCGUAAGUUCCUUUCUUUUUUUUUUCCUUUCCUAUCUUGAUUUAGUUUUGCGUGGUCGUAGAAUUUGUGGUAAAUUUGAUCCAUUUGAAGGAGUAAAGAAGAAAGGAACAAAUGUUUUGUUUUUUCAGUGAUUUUAUUUAUUUUUAUUUUGUGUACGAUGUAACUAAGAAUUAUUCAAGAGACCCAUAUGUUCCAAUUUGUAUAAAAUUUCAUUUUCUCGUGUUGAACAAUGAUUAGAUUUUUUU